AUAUCACUGGAGAGAAAAACGGCAGGUGUUCCACGGCCUUGAUUGAACGAAAACAUUGUUUCGUUUUGUGGAGAGCGUGAACGCGCUUUCCAACCAUUACUAACUUUACUCUGAAACAUUUAAAUUGAUCCCUCAGCGAUCUUUGGACUUCUCAAGCCCCAAGAUGAACAGCAGUGGACCGGCCUACCCACUGGCUUCUCUUUAUGUGGGGGACCUGCACCCGGAUGUGACUGAGGCCAUGUUAUAUCAGAAGUUCUCUCCUGCAGGACCCAUCACGUCCAUCAGGGUCUGCAGGGACAUUAUAACCCGCCGAUCUCUGGGAUACGCCUAUAUCAACUUUCAGCAACCAGCAGACGCUGAAUGUGCCUUGGACACAAUGAACUAUGACGUUCUUAAGGGUCGACCGAUCAGAAUAAUGUGGUCCCAGCGUGACCCAGGACUGAGGAAGUCUGGAGUUGGAAAUAUUUUCAUCAAAAACAUGGAUGAAUCUAUCGACAACAAGGCACUCUAUGACACCUUCUCUGCAUUUGGGAAUAUUUUGUCCUGUAAGGUUGUCUGUGAUGAGAAAGGAUCCAAAGGCUACGGGUUUGUCCAUUUUGAAACUCAGGAAGCUGCAAACCGAGCCAUAGAGACAAUGAACGGAAUGCUGCUGAAUGAUCGAAAAGUGUUUGUGGGUCAUUUUAAAUCCCGCAAGGAAAGAGAGAUGGAGUAUGGGACAAAAUCUGUCAAAUUCACCAAUGUGUAUGUUAAAAACUUUGGCGAUAACUUCACUGAUGAGAAACUCAAAGAGGCUUUUUCUGCAUUUGGAAAGACUCUGAGUGUGCGUGUGAUGAAGGAUGAAAAGGGUGUGUCACGUGGAUUUGGAUUUGUGAACUACGCCUAUCAUGAUGACGCUCAAAAGGCAGUCGAUGAGAUGAAUGGGAAGGAACUCAAUGGCAGAAUAAUUUAUGUGGGUCGUGCUCAGAAGAGACUGGAGCGGCAGGGAGAACUCAAGCGCAAAUUUGAUCAGAUCAAACAAGACCGAAUCCAGCGGUACCAGGGUGUAAAUCUUUAUGUGAAGAAUCUUGAUGACACCAUAGACGAUGAAAGACUCAGGAAGGAAUUUGCUCCUUAUGGUACCAUCACCAGUGCAAAAGUAAUGACAGAUGGCUCCCAGAGCAAAGGGUUUGGGUUUGUGUGUUUCUCAUCACCAGAGGAAGCGACGAAAGCUGUAACUGAAAUGAACGGGAGAAUCAUUGCCACCAAACCACUGUAUGUGGCUCUUGCUCAGCGUAGAGAGGAGCGGAAAGCCAUCCUGACCAAUAAAUACAUGCAGAGGAUCGCAUCCAUGAGGUCCAUGCCCAGCCCCCUAAUCGACUCCUAUCAGCAGGCAGGAUACUAUAUGACUGUACCACAGCCCCCAUCUCGAUCCUACUAUAACCAUGGCGCUAUGAACAACAUGAGACCAGUUCCUCGCUGGGCUGGACAACCACCUAAACCACACGUGCCAUAUUCACCCCAGUAUAACACUGGUCCACGGCGUGGAUCUAUUGCUACCGUUAAACAAGCUUCCACCCAAGUGCCACACGUCAUCUCUGGAACUCAGAAAACAAACAACAUUGGGACCCAGACUGUAGGAGGGAGAGGUGACAUGGGUAUGGGCAGGAGUAGCCAGUACAAAUAUUCUACUGGAGUGAGAAACCCACAAGUGGUACAAACCCCCGUAACACGAAUGCAGGGGAAGUCCAUGAUGGAGCCUGUGGGUCACAUGUCAGGUCAGGAACCUCUGGACGCCACCAUGUUGGCAUCAGCUCCUCUAAUGGAUCAAAAACAGCUUUUGGGUGAGCGACUGUACCCCCUGAUUCAGGCUUAUCAUCCAAACCUGGCAGGAAAAAUUACAGGGAUGUUACUGGAAAUAGACAACUCAGAGCUGCUGCACAUGCUUGAGUCCCCAGAGUCCCUUCAUGCCAAGGUGGAUGAGGCAAUUGCAGUUCUUAAGGCCCACCAAACAAAAGAUCUUUCUCCAAAGAAGUAGAGGCUGGUGUUAGUAAGGAUGGUCCUUUUGAAAAUCUAGACUCAAGAACAAGUGCACCAUUCCUAACUUUGGAUAUUUCAAGCUCUACAGAAAGUCAACUGUUACCGGAAUGAAACAAAUAUUGUAAAAAAAAUUAUUUAACUUCUGGGUAAGAUUGAAAUAGUUUUGUUGUUCCACAAACUUUUGUUAGAAUAAAGUUCAAAAAGCAAAUCAAACUUGUCAUUUGGUCCAAGCUUCCUCAC